GCGGGACUACGGCACCCACAUCGCCCCGCGCGGCGGGGAGCGCACUGCGGCUGUGCGGCGGCCGGGGCGCCGUCGGGCUGGGCGGUGGCCAGCGGACGGGAGCCGGGUGUGAGCCCGGUGGCAGCAGCGUGAGCCGGCCCGCGGCCACCAUGUCGGCGCCGUCCGAGGAGGAGGAGUACGCGCGGCUGGUGAUGGAGGCGCAGCCCGAGUGGCUGCGCGCCGAGGUGAAGCGGCUGUCGCACGAGCUGGCCGAGACCACGCGCGAGAAGAUCCAGGCGGCCGAGUACGGGCUGGCGGUGCUCGAGGAGAAGCACCAGCUCAAGCUGCAGUUCGAGGAGCUCGAGGUGGAUUACGAGGCCAUCCGCGGCGAGAUGGAGCAGCUCAAGGAGGCAUUUGGACAGGUGCACACGAACCACAGGAAGGUGGCCGCGGAUGGUGAGAGCCGGGAGGAGAGUCUGAUCCAGGAGUCGGCCUCCAAGGAGCAGUACUAUGAGCGGAAGGUGCUGGAGCUGCAGACGGAGCUGAAGCAGCUGCGCAAUGUGCUCACCAACGCUCAGUCGGAGGGCGAGCGCCUGGCCUCGGUGGCACAGGAGCUGAAGGAGAUCAAUCAGAACGUGGAGCUUCAGCGGGGCCGCCUCCGGGAUGACAUCAAGGAGUACAAGUUCCGGGAGGCCCGCCUGCUGCAGGACUACUCGGAGCUGGAGGAGGAGAACAUCGGCCUGCAGAAGCAGGUGUCUGUGCUCAGGCAGAACCAGGUGGAGUUUGAGGGCCUCAAGCAUGAGAUCAAGCGACUGGAGGAGGAGACUGAGUACCUCAACAGCCAGUUGGAGGACGCCAUCCGGCUCAAGGAGAUCUCGGAGCGGCAGCUGGAGGAGGCGCUAGAGACGCUGAAGACGGAGCGGGAGCAGAAGAACAGCCUGCGCAAGGAGCUGUCGCACUACAUGAGCAUCAACGACUCCCUCUACACCAGCCAUCUGCACGUUUCUCUGGAUGGCCUCAAGCUCAGCGAUGACGCCGAGGCCCUGGCUAACGGCUUUGAGCACGGCUGCCUGGCCAAGCUGCCCCUGGACAACAAGACCUCCACGCCCACCAAGGACGGUCUGGCCCCGCCCUGCCCCGGCCUCGUGUCCGACCUCCUCAGCGAGCUCAACCUCUCGGAGGUCCAGAAGCUGACGCAGCAGUUGGUGCAGAUGGAGCGGGAGAAGGCGGGCCUGCUAGCGACCCUGCAGGACGCGCAGAAGCAGCUGGAGCAGGCUCGAGGGGCCCUGUCGGAGCAGCGGGAGGAGGUGAGCCGCCUCACCGAGAGCCUGAGCGCUCUGCAGCGCCUGCAGGCUGGCAAGGAGCGACGCACGGCCCUGGACAGUGAGAAGGAGCGCGACAGCCAUGAGGAUGGCGACUACUACGAGGUGGACAUCAAUGGGCCUGAGAUCCUGGCCUGCAAGUACCGCGUGGCCCUGGCAGAGGCCGGUGAGCUCCGGGAGCAGCUGAAGGCCCUACGCAGUGCACACGAGGCCAGCGAGGCCCGGCAUGCUGAGGAGAAGGGCCGCCACGAGGCUGAGGGCCAGGCGCUCGCCGAGAAGGUGUCUCUGCUGGAGAAGGCCGGCGGCCAGGACCGCGAGCUGCUGGCCCGCCUGCAGACAGAGCUGAAGAGGGUCAGUGACGUCGCGGGUGAGACUCAGGGCAGCCUGAGUGUGGCCCAGGAUGAGCUGGUGACCUUCAGCGAGGAGCUGGCCAGCCUCUACCACCACGUGUGCAUGUGCAACAACGAGACGCCCACCCGUGUCGUGCUGGACUACUACCGUGAGGGCCCAGCCGGCGCCGGCCACUGCAGUCCUGAAGCCCACGGACACCGCUCACUAGUCCUGCCCAAGGGGCCACCGGCUGCAGAGGGCGGGGCUGGGGACAGCAGCCUCUCACUGCCCUCACCCCUGAGUGACCCUCGCCGGGAGCCCAUGAACAUCUACAACCUGAUUGCCAUCAUCCGUGACCAGAUCAGGCACCUGCAGGCGGCCGUGGACCGCACCACGGAGCUGUCGCGGCAGCGCCUGGCCUCCCAGGAGCUGGGCCCUGGCACAGACAAGGACCGGGAGGCGCUCAUGGAGGAGAUCCUCAAGCUCAAGUCUCUGCUCAGCACCAAGCGGGAGCAGAUCACCACCCUACGCACCGUGCUCAAGGCCAACAAGCAGACAGCCGAGGUGGCCCUUGCCAACCUGAAGAGCAAGUACGAGAACGAGAAAGCCAUGGUGACCGAGACGAUGAUGAAGCUGCGCAACGAACUCAAGGCCCUCAAGGAGGACGCAGCCACCUUCUCCUCGUUGCGUGCCAUGUUCGCCACCAGGUGUGACGAAUACAUCACACAGCUGGACGAGAUGCAGCGGCAGCUGGCGGCCGCCGAGGAUGAGAAGAAGACGCUCAACUCCCUGCUGCGCAUGGCCAUCCAGCAGAAGCUGGCGCUGACCCAGCGGCUGGAGCUGCUGGAGCUGGACCACGAGCAGACCCGGCGGGGCCGUGCCAAGGCCACCCCCAAAGUCAAGUCCAGCACCCCAAGCGUAAGUCACACCUGUGCCAGUGCCAGCGACAGGACCGAGAGUGCCGGGCUCACUGCCCAGGUGCUCUGCGGCGAGAAGUAUAACGUUUGCUGCGAUUAGGCCUUCGGGCCACCCACCGCAGUUAACCUGUCGCCGCCACCUGUCUGCUUCGUCUCAACUAACCCAGCAGCAGCGGGACCGCGCGCUAGGCUGGUCUUCCCGGGACUAACGCGGAGGGAAGGGUUUAGCUGAGUUGGUGCUUCCUCCCGCCUGACAGUGCAGCUGGGAGUCUGCAGCUCGCCCGGGGACCCCCUUCAUGGCAGCGGCUAUCCUGCGGGAAGGGGUGGGGGUCAAGGUGGGGGCAGAGCCAGGAGUCCUUGAAACAAGGUGGCUUUCCAGGACCCGUGUGCCAUCGGCUCUGCGGUGAAAUGUGCAUGUGUCUAGUGCAGCUGCGCUGCCCAGCACCUGGGAGCAGGUCAGAGGUUCUGAGAGUUCCAGCUGCUGCCUCCGAACAGAAUUACUUUGUAGCUUAUGCACCAUCUCACUGCAAAUCCUAUUUGGGACUAAAGGACUGAAUUUCUCCCCCAGAGAAAGCGCAGCCCUGAGCCCCGAGUCCUCCAGCCCAGGUGAGCGUGUGCGCCGAGCACCGGCCACGCGCGGCAGAGGCACAUCUGGCCACACCGAGAUCAGCUCAGAGCCUCAGCUCCUUUUUCUGAGAUGGGCACACUGGUCUGGAGGCCUGCGAGGUAACACAUUAGCAGGCCCGAAACCUGGGGUUUUUUCCAUGAGAAAAUCUUCCCAAGUGCCUGACCAGAGUCCCUUCCUUGGGGGAAGCCAUCCUUUGGUAUCAGGGUGUCCCUAGCUUUCCAUAAUCAGGCCUUCCUCCUGGGGGGCUUUAGACCCUAAGAAACAGUGUUCUGGAAACCCUGUCAUUGCCAGGUGGCAGCGGGCAGGAGAAGAAGCUGCUUCCGCACCAGAGCUUGGCCACAUUCGGAAGCAGCACCUUUCUCAGUGUUUUUCCUCCCUUUCACCCCACGGAGGCCUCUCCCUGACGGGUGCUCUGUGGCUCAGAGGGGGAGUUGGCAUGGCCCACUCACACAGUUGCCUGCCCCAACUCCACUCUUCCCCUUGGUCCCCACGUGUGUCUCAGUUCCCACCAAACUCCAGAUGCUGCACAGCCCACCUGGGCUUUGCCACCCAUGGGAGCGGAGAGAUGCGGGUUGGGCACCUGACCCCUCUGCAUGCCCGCCCCUGGUUCUGGGCGGCUUUGCUGAAGGGAUGUCGGUUUUGGAUUCCUCUCCCACUAGAGAAGGGUCAGGCCCUCCACCUUGUGCAAGCAGGACUGCUGGGGCCAGGGCUCCACAGCUGCUUCUGCCCCCUCGCUGAGCCUGGCACGCAGCUUCCCUCCGUACUUGUAAGGAAUCUUCACGAAGCACUGGGAGCUGGCGGCUUCCUUAACACACGCAGGUCUCUGCUGCUGACUAACGCACCUGCGCACUCAGCUCGGCAAGAGCUUCUGUUGUCCGACAAGUGACUGGUUCUAACGCUGUCUUGUUUUCUCCCGUUUUCAGCUGUAGAUUAGCUGCCGGGAGAACUCGGCCGCCGGCCCUGUCACUCUGCAACCCCUUCCCUCCCCUCCCGUGGGCCCACGCAGAGGAAGGAAGGGCAGCCUAAAAGUCCACUUAGAAACGUUUUUGGAUAUGCCACUGCAGGUAGCAUUCCUGAGUGUUUAAUGGCAGAGGAAAAAGGCUUUAAAGUUCAGAAAGCUACAGCCGCUGCUUGGAAAGGCUCUUGCACGAGCGCUUGAAGAACCUGCUGGGAAGGCAGCCACCAGGCUCCCUUAGGAACCCGCUAGAAACACUCCCACUGGGGCUCCCUGUUACAGAAGCUCCUUCUCAUUUGAUCAACCUGUGCACUUUUGAUAUUUUGAUAUUACAUUUGCUUCCUUAGUCCCUUGCAUAGAGAUGGUCUCAUGCUGUGGUCGCCUUGUCCUGUGGUGCCGUCUCAGCGCCUGAUGUGCUGUUGGACGUCAGCGUGUGGCACGGAGGUGUCCUAGUGUGCAGCUCAAAGGCUUCCACCCGGCAGGGAGCUCGGCUGAGCACCACGCUGCGGGCCAGCAGCCUGUUAGGUUAUGUGGCCCAUGUUUGAAAUAACUGGUUUCAAAUGCCAUGUUCGUCAAGAAAUCCAGGGUGUUCUGAUUCUGGGGUUUUUCAUAUUGUAUUAUUAUUAUUCUUAGGAAUAGUUCAAUGUAACAAGAAGAAAACUUGACCUUUGCUCUGGUUAAACAGUUAUAGGCACUUGAAAAACAAAAAAAGAUAAAUUAUUGAAUGAGUAGUAUUACCUACAAAUUCCAGAUAUUUCUGGGUUUUAGGAUGUCGUGAAGCAUGACUGAUUAACAGAAUUUUAUACAACUGUACCAGUGAAAUUCCAAAUUGGAAUUGUUUUGUUACUCUGGUUUUGUGCCAAAUUGUGGUACACUUAGAAAAUUCUACAGUCGUCAAAUUUUAGGGUGUUCUAUUUCAACACCUUUUUCUUAAUGAUCAUUGCCAGUAGUGCCUUCAUCAGUUAAGGGAGGUGUCCCGCCUAGUUUAUUCUCUAAAACGGACAAUGAAGAGCUAGUUGGGAAUGUUGAAGGCCGGUGUGGACCAAUAGGUGUGAAGGGGGUAUACCUUCACACCUGAACCUGGGCAUCUUCGUUGAGGGAAAGAAAACAGCAAUUGUACAAAAUUCUGUUAGUCAGUGAUUCUUUACUGUGCAGGUCCUUGCAAACUUAGGGGCUGAGCAAUGAAAGUGAACACAAGCCUUGAGUGCUUUGGGAACCAAACGAAUUUUAUGGGACACGCUAAGCAGGCGGUGUGAGGACCAUGCCGUGUUUGUGAAGAGCCACGGGCAGCAAGGAAGCGGGUGCUGUCGGUCUCGUGCAGGGGGGAGAGGGACUAGCCAUAGUAUUCUUCGCAAACGUGAGAAGAUGUCAUAUAUUCUCUUGCUUGGUGUACCUAAUCACUGUUAAUUUCAGGUAACAGAACUUGCUAAAUGAAGCUUCUUAGCAAACUAAUCUGCCCAGUUUGCUGAGCGAGGUUGUAUGGUCAUACUGGUACUCAAAGAGGAAGAACAAACGUCCUUUCUCCUCCAAAAUACAGGACAAAUUCUAAUAAGUAGUAAGAAUAGGAAGAGUUCUGUUUCCUGGAAUGAGCAUUUCUUAUUCCUAGUUGUAGGGACCCCCUUUGUACCUUCUGUUACAGUGUUGAUUCAUAAGAAAUGUUACAUUUAUGAUAACUUCAUCUAUAUGGGGUAUUUAUUUGCAAUGUCUGAGUACUGUAUUUUUUCCUAUGCAUUGCCUAGUGUCAGAGUGGUGUUGUCUUUAUUAAGAUCGUAUGCAUGUCCUCCUGCCAAGGAACCUUUACACAGACCCACACAAACAACCAUGGCUUCGGAUUCUGAGAAAAUGCGGCAGAGAAUGGAAAAGGAAUGGGAAGGAUAAGUCAGUCGUGACGUGGGACACAGACAUGGUGUGAAAGCCCUCAAAGCCAGUGCACAUAGGAACAGUGGGCCUGGGUGGAGGGUCAUGUUGGUAGGACCAAUAAAUAAAGAAUAAUACAAAGACAAA